AUGAGUCACUCAAACACCCAGGGUCGCCGGCGGUCAUUCCGUGCCCAAUCCCCCACCGAGUCUUCCUCCGAUGAAUUGGCCGCGGGCUCCGAUCACGAUGAAGCUGAGCGCCGUCGCGCUAGCUGGACAGCCCAAAAGGGCUUUACCCCUCAACGCCCAAAAGGGUCCGGACGUCACUAUAGCGAGUCAGAGAGCCCCGACGAGCUAGCUGUUGACGCCGACGAAUACUGGCGCUCAUCGCGCAAACACAAUCGUCACCGAAGCCCCUCGCCAAUCACCCGCUCUGGUAGCCACGAUGGUUCGCGGCGUGGAUCACACAGCCCUCCGGAUGAUGAUAUGUCGGGCCCCGACACACAGGCUCGGGACGCAAAUGAGUGGACCGCACGCUCUUCUGAACCCGAUCCCCCCACGCCUGCUCCCAAGCCGGACCAUGUGACCUACAAGGAGAAGUUUGUGUUGCGUGGACAUCUGCGCGGUGUUUCUCAGGUUCAGUUCUCACCGGAUUGUACCAUGAUUGCCAGUGCUGGUGCCGACGCGGCGCUCAAAAUCUGGGACACGGCGAGUGGCCGGCUGAUUCACACAUUUGAGGGACAUCUUGCUGGUAUCUCGACACUUGCUUGGGCGCCAAAUGGUAAAUGGGUCGCGACUGGUUCUGAUGACAAGACAAUCCGGUUCUGGAAUGUCAACACUCUCAAAGCCCAUACGAAGAUCUUCGACGGCCACCACAACUACGUAUACCAAAUCGCUUUCGCUCCCAAGGGCAACAUCCUUGCCAGUGGCUCCUACGACGAAGCCGUAUUUAUGUGGGAUGUACGCCGAGCCCGGGUGAUGCGCUCCUUGCCAGCUCACUCCGAUCCGGUUGCCGGUAUUGAUGUUGUGCACGACGGGACCCUCAUUGCGUCAUGUGCGUUGGAUGGCCUCAUUCGUAUCUGGGACACGCACAGUGGCCAGUGCUUGCGUACGCUGGUUAUGGAAGACAACCCACCCGCGACGUGCGUCAAGUUCUCCCCGAACGGCAAGUAUGUGUUGGCCUGGACUUUGGACGGCUGCGUUAGAAUGUGGAACUAUGUCGAAAGUCGCGUUCUCAAAACCUUCCAGGGCCAUGUCAAUACCAAGUAUAGUUUGUCUGGAUGCUUCGGACUAUACGGGCCGCAGGAUUUGAACUUCGGUGCACCUCUUUGUUUUGCCGUUAGUGGCAGCGAGGAUGGUGCCAUCCUAUUCUGGGACAUCGUUAGCAAGCAAGUUCUGCAGCGGCUUGAGGCCCACGAUGACGCCGUACUUUCAGUUCACGCGGGCAAUCUCAAUGGCAAGCGCAUGAUUGUGAGCUGUGGACUUGACAAGACCGUUCGUGUCUUCGAAGAGGUUGGCGAAGACGGCUCUGAUUUCAAUAAUGAUGAUGAUGUUGAUGAUGAUGGCGAUGCCACGCCUGUCCCCGAGGCCCGCUCGCAAGACGAGACUCCCAUGCAUGAUGCCGAGGGCGACAAUGCUAUGACCGACCCUGAUGCCGAUGCAUCCGCUGUGCCCUCUACUGCCGGAACCCCGGCCGAAGAUGUGACGAUGACAUGA